CGACGUCACUUUGGCCCAACCCACUGCCGGAAGACUUCUCUUCAUUUUCACCAGAGAUCAACAACGCAUUUAGCUAGCAAUGUAACUUCCUUCACCAUGCCAGAAGUACACUUUGAUUAGCCAGCAGAGAGACGACUACUCCAUCACUCGACUGUCCAUUCACUUCAGGUCUGGCAAAAGUCGGACCGAAGAAAUCUACCCUGCAAGCUAGCUAACCACAGUAUACGUCCCGGGACUCAAGUGAGAGGAGCAACAUGCCCAAGGACUCCGACAAACCUGGGGGUGGAGAGGACAGAACUGACUCCUCUGAACAGUCCCAUAGUAAGAGAGUCUGGAGAGGCACACCUAGUCCUCACAGAGGGAACACCCCACAAUCCAGCCCACCAAGAUUUGUGUCAGCGGAGGAGCUCAUGGAGACGGCGAAAGGUGUGACCAACAUGGCCCUGGCCCAUGAGAUCGUAGUGAAUACUGACUUCCAGGUGAAGCCCUCAGAGCCAGCAGAAGGAAGUUUGGAAAAAAGGGUGAAGGAUAUUAUGCAUAAAGCAUUCUGGGACGUUCUGGAGGGACAACUGAGUGAGAACCCGCCAUCAUAUAAUCACGCCAUCAAACUUCUUGCUGAGAUCAAAGAGACUCUGCUGUCCUUUCUGCUUCCGGGUCAUGGUCGGUUGAGGGGGCGAAUUGAGGAGGUGCUAGACCUCUCUCUGAUCCAGCAGCAGGCAGAGAACGGAGCUCUGGACAUCAGUAAGGUGGUUGAGUUUGUCAUUGGUAUGAUGGGUUCACUCUGCGCUCCGAGCCGGGACGAGGAAAUCAGGAAGCUUCGGGAAAUCACAGAUCUUGUGCCUUUAUUAAAGGCGAUAUUUCCAGUGAUGGAUAAAAUGAAACUUGAUAUGGCCAAUUUUGCAGUCAGCAGUAUUCGACCCCACCUCCUGCAGCAAUCCGUUGAGUACGAACGGAAGAAAUUCCAGGAGUUUGUUGAAAAACAACCCAACGCCUUAGACUUUACUGAGAAGUGGCUUCAAGACUCAGCUAAAUCUGUACUUCAUGAAGAUCAAGCGGGUGGUGCGGGUGGUUUACCCACUCCUCUCGCUGUGCACAACCAUGCUUACCUGUGUCUGCUUAAAUGGAACCACGCCUCUGAUCCUUUCCCUGAGACUCUUCUCAUGGACCAGGUGCGUUUCCAGGAAAUGCAGCAGGACUUGGAGCAGCUGGUUCUGGUGGCGUCUGUGCUGCUCAUAGUGUACAACACCACGGGAGAGGCCAUCUCAGGCCUGCCAGGCCUUAUGGACAGACUGAAGAGGACCAUCGGGGUUCUGCUCACAGAGAUGCACAUGCCGUCUUUCAUUGCAGAUGAAGCCUUGGCUACCAUUGGAGAGAGGAUGUGUGUGGAGCUAAGUGGACGUCUGUCUGAGCAUGGCUUCUCCCCGUUCUCCACCAACCGGCAGAGCAUUCUGAAAGGCCAAAUCUCGGCUGUUACUCUCCCAGACAACGCCAUCCGCAGGCUUAUAGGCUCACGCAUCCAGACUUACCUGCUUGCCUUCCUGGAGUCCAGUCACAGGAGUGCUCCAACCCUGCCAGGGGGCCUAGCUCCAGUCAGCAAAGAGCUCGAAGAGAUUGCCAUGAAGUUUGGCCGUCUGGUCCACUUCAACAAGUUGGUUUAUUCCCCUUUCUACCAAAAAAUCCUUCAGGAGAUUGUGCAAGAAGGAGAAAGUAAUGACACCUAGGCUUUAACACUGAACUGUUAAUUAAAAUGGGAUCACUGUAGGUUAUCCAUGCUUUCCAUUGUAUGGCUAAAGAUAAUGUAAUAAUGACAGUAUUGUACAAUGCCAGUAUUAAUUGAUAUCAAAAUACUUAUACAACAAGCGCUGUUGCAUUCACAUGUUACUUAUUUGAUGAUGGUGUGUCUGUUUCUGGAUUGGUACAAAAAACACAGGUAAAAAAAAAAGGAAUAACACAAAACUGCAUGUUUUCUUUUACUUGCAUUAAAUAAGGAGUUCUGUGAUAGCAUCUGGAAACUAUUUGGUAACUGGCUACUCACGAAUUGAAUUGCUUAAAAAACAUAUACAACAAGAUGUAGAAUUUAUUCCCAGAAGAUAACACUAAAAAGUAUUCCUUAAUACACGUUUCCAAAGUGGUCCUUGAUGGUAAAGGUGAGAACCUAAGAGGACUUUUUGUGUAGAGGCCCCCCUUGUUGGAUAUUUAUUUCCACUGUAAACUGCUAUGUAUACUGUAAAGCACACAUCGCUACCUAGGUUUCCAUCCAAUUGGCGACAGAGUUUCAUGCGAAUAUUCUAAAAUCUGCAUAAAACAAUAUGCGCAUUUUCCCACCAGACGUGUUCCCAUCAGAUUGACAGAUAAAAGGCCGUGCGUGAUGAUGUAGUGCAACUAAAAAUAGCUUUUGUGGUUAAAUUCCCACGUACUGAAUACAUUUUUUUUUUUAAAACAAGUUAGUUGGGUUUCCAGCGCAUUUUCAACUCUACAGAUGGUUUUCACAAAGAAAGUGUUGGAUUAUAUAGUGAGUGUGCCCACUCUGGUAUUGGCAUUGCUGUUGGCUAGAGCGCAUGUAUAGUUUACAUGAUGAGAUUAUUAGGACAAAAUAGCGAGAUUAUAUGUCAAACAGCAGCCAAGCAUCGAUGAUCAUGUCACCAGAAUGAGACCCUCAAUAUUUAUUGGAAAGGAGCAUCAAGCUCAUCACCUUGCACUUUCACCACCCUGUGAAGUUCAUUAUAAUUGAUUUAAUCUGUAGCCUAAUAAACUGCAUGCUUUCCCUACGAGUCGUAGUGGGAGGACCACAACAUGUCAUCGUUUGACUCCAAGUUUACUUCGAUGUGAUGGUUAUUAUAUCAAUAUUUGCGCAUAAAAGUGUUUCCAUUGAUAUCUCUCCCAUAAUUCAUUGUACCAACACAAAUCCCACCAUGUCUAGCGUAUUUAGUUUUGUCAACAUUUGGAAAGUUCACUGGAAAAUUGUCUGUUUCCAUAAGACCUGUCAUAACAUUUUUGUUAUCUGACAUGUACUUUGCAUAAAAAGGUUGGAUGGGAACCUGGUUAUUGACAGUGAUCAUGAUUGGUGCCUUGCAUACCUUCAUGUGACCAGAUGUAGAUUCAUGAUUUGGUAAUUGUUUAAACAUGUUAACAAUUUUUCCUGAAAGGACAAAAGGUAAUACUGAACCAUACAAUCAAUCAAAUGUAUUUAUAAAGCCCUUUUUACAUCAGCAGAUGUCACAAAGUGCUAUACAUAAACCCAGCCUAAAACGCCAAACCGCAAGCAAUGCAAAUGUAGAAGCACGCUGGCAGGAUCCUAGGAAGAAACGUAGAGGAACCAGGCUCAAAUGGGUGACCAGUCCUCUUCUGGCUGUGCCAGGUGGAGAUUAUAAGGGUACAUAGCCAUUAAGGCCAGAUUGGUCUUCAGUAUGUUGAAAUGUUCAUAGAUGACCAGCUGGGUCAAAUAAUAAUCACAGUGGUUGUAGAGAGGUUGCAACAGUUCAGUACCUCAGGAGUAAAUGUCAGUUGGCUUGUCAUAGCCAAGCAUUCAGCAGUGGUGUUAAGUACUUAGGUUUUUUGGGGGGUAUACUAUUUAUAUUUUUGACAACUUUUACUUCACUACAUUCCUAAAGAAAAUAAUGUACUUUUUUCUCCAUAUAUUUUCCCUGACACCCAAAAGUACUCAUUACAUUUUGACAGGAAAAUUAUCCAAUUUACGCAAGAGAAGAUCCCUGCUCAUCCCUACUGCGUCCGAUCUGGCGGUCUCACUAAAUACAUGCUUCAUUUGUAAAUUAUGUCAGUGUCGGAGUGUGCCCAAGGCUAUCUGUCUGCUUUGCUUACUAUAAGGAAUUUGAUACUUAAGUAUAUUUAAAACCAAUAAUUUUAGACUUUUACUCAAUUAUUAUUUUAAUGAGUGACUUUCACUUUUACUUGAGUCAUUUUAUAUUAAGGUACCUUUACCUUUACUCAAGUAUGACGUUUGAAUACUUUUCCACCACUGGCAUUCAGAGGUUGAGACAGCAGAUAUGGUCGAGAUAUGGAGAGUGAGAGAGUCUAAAACACCAUGUUUUUACAAGCGCUGUUUGCUUUUUGGCAAACCAGGUUUCCAUCCAACCUUUUUAUGUGAGUAAAGUACAUGUUGG